CUGUUCAAAAGGCUUCUGGAACAUUCUCUUGCUGACUGAUACGCAAGUGCAUUGUCACUUUAAUGGGCGGGACUUAGAGAAGGAAGAGAAGCAGGUGUGCAGAGCAGACAAAGAGCCCGAACUGAAAUCGCUGCAAAGUUAAAGUUAUCUUCUUCUCUGCUCACGUUUGCAUGCAGAUUAAGACAACCAAUGAUGUAUAUAGUUGUGCGUGCACAGAAAGUAAGUGUAUUUGGUUUUGUUGAUGUAAAUGUCUCCUUAUUUUAGAUCGCGGGUGAAAUGCGCCAUAGCGCCAUAACGCAAUAGCGUCUAAUGGCCGAUUUUGGAGUUGUAACUUAUAAUAGUUGAUAAUUAGACUUGUUUUCAUAUGCAGUAUACCUAAUGCAUGUAAUGUUAACACUUUACAUGUAAAAUGUAAUCGUUUCGUCGAGUUAUUUACUACAUAUACAUGUGAAUUAUUAUUUCAUUGGAAAAUGUGCCUCAGCCACGUUUAGUGAUCUAUUGGCGCCCUCUUGCGGACAGUUAGGGAACAACUGCUCUAAAUGUUUCCAUUCAUAUGGUGCGGUUACUGUAAUUUGUAUUCAUGUUUUAUAAUUAUAAGUAUUGUUAUUUGAUGUUCUAAUUGUUAUUUAUAUAAUUACUUAUGUGAGAUUAUUUUUGUAUUGUUUCAGAAAACCACAACUUAUCAUCAGUAAAUGUUCAACUGAGAAA